GGGUGCGUGGAUUCCCAGCGGUGGUCGCGCGCCCGGCGCCUCUGCAGCUCUCGUGCCCCUCGCGAUGGCGGGCAUCCUGUUCGAGGAUAUUUUCGAUGUGAAGGACAUUGACCCAGAAGGCAAGAAAUUUGACCGAGGUGAGUAUCUCGGCUGCACUGUGAGAGUGAGUCUUUCAAGAUGGACCUCAUAUUAGAUGUAAACAUUCAGAUUUACCCUGUAGACUUAGGUGACAAGUUCCGGUUGGUCAUAGCUAGUACCUUGUAUGAAGAUGGUACCUUGGAUGAUGGGGAAUACAACCCCACAGAUGACAGGCCUUCCAGGGCUGACCAGUUUGAGUAUGUAAUGUACGGGAAAGUGUACAGGAUUGAAGGGGAUGAGACCUCGACUGAAGCGGCCACGCGUCUCUCUGCAUAUGUGUCUUAUGGGGGCCUGCUCAUGAGGCUUCAGGGUGAUGCCAACAACCUACAUGGAUUUGAAGUGGAUUCCAGAGUUUAUCUGCUGAUGAAGAAGCUGGCAUUCUAAACUUCGUGGGAAAGCAGGCUGCUGAGUCACUCAAGUCAUGGACAUUGUUCAAGCUCUCGGGGAGGCUGUCGGUGCUCGCCUGUGACAGGGCCUUGGCUGUGUGUCCACUGUGGGCAUAUAUAUCUUCAGUGUGUGAAAUCACUGGAAAACUGACCUGUAUGUAAAAGGCCAAAUGGGAGAGCUCAGUAUGAACCUAAGGUUGUAUAUGAUUUUUUUUUUUUAUUAAAGUUUACUUUU